AUGACGAUCAACACACUAUGGACCGUGGACAGUGUUAAUGUCUUAACCCACAGUAUCCCUACGAACACAGAGGUUCAACGAUGGCCCCACCUGCAUGAUGUGAGCUUAUCGGACUUUCAGAACAAAGAAGUGAAGAUGAUCAUUGGUAGUAACGUUCCUGAAGCAUUCUGGGUGCUCGAAGAGAGAAGAGGAAAAGUUGGAGAGCCUUACGCUAUUCGSUCACCCUUAGGCUGGACUAUAUUAGGACCAACCAAGUCAUCAACAAAGGACGAGUCUCUUACGUCAAGCUUCGUUAAACUUCAAGAUGAUGAAAGGAGAGAAUCAAAGGAUGAUCUGCUGAACCAGGUUCAAAGAUUCUGGGAAAUGGACCACGUGGUUAGCACUUCUGAUAGAGUCAUGUCUCGCCAAGACAAACACGCAAUCAAGACAAUGGAAAGUUCCGUCAAGUUAAAGGAUGGACAUUACGAGGUCGCACUGCCGUGGAGACAGGAAAUUCCAUACUUGCCUGAUAAUCGAAGUCUAGCUGAGCAACGACUGAAGCUGCUAAAGAAAAGAUUUCUGGCGGACAACGAACUGUUCUUGAAGUACAAAGGGACGAUGAAUGACUACAUUGAUAAAGGACACGCCAGAAGAGUUCCAGAGAACGAAGUUGAAGUAAAGGGAAAACCAGUAUUGUAUCUUCCACAUCAUCCGGUUUUCAACCCGAACAAGCCAAACAAGACUAGAGUGGUAUUUGAUUGCUCGGCGAAGUACCGAAACACUUCAUUGAACGACCAACUCCUAAGCGGUCCAGAUCUCACAAACAGCAUUGUUGCCACCGAGAUGGACAAGGCUCUUCGAAGGGAACUCGAAAUACCCAUAGAUGAAUCCUUCUGGACUGAUUCAACAUCAGUACUUCAGUACAUCAGAAACACAACAACAAGAUUCCACACGUUUGUUGCCAACCGUCUUACAGUUAUCCACGACCACACCGAAUCGUAUCAAUGGAGAUAUGUCCCAACCAACUUAAACCCAGCGGAUGACGCAAGUAGAGGUAUUGCAGUGAAGGAUCUAUGCCACAGCAACUGGUUGCAUGGCCCAGACUUUUUAGCAGAAGACAAGGCUCUCUGGCCUGCAGAGCCUCAUGCYCUGACAUCCAACUGCUUAGACAAAGAUCCUGAAGUGAAAGCUCAUCCAGCUCAAUCCAUGACCUCGAUUAUUCAAGUUACAGAUGAUGACGCCAUCGUAAAGCUGAUAGAAGGGUAUUCGUCAUGGAAUAGGCUAAAACAAGCCGUUGCGUGGUUGCUGAAGUUAUGA